CGUAUGCAAAGAAGUAACGUACUUGCUAAGUGUCUUGUUGUUUUGUUUGUGAGGGCGUGAGGGCGGAGCCUCGUCAGUUCAAUGCCGAGCGCUGCCUUCAUCCAAUAUCAUUGUGUCACCGUGCGACACCCACAGCAGCAGCACUAGCAUAUAGUAGCAAACAAGGACAAUGAGCAGCGCCCAUGCUGCCGAAACAGGCGCGGCGCCGCCCCCGCGUUGCCCGAGCUCUGCCGGCCUGCCAAACCGCGGCCUCGGCCCGCCAAGCGGCAGCAGCGGCGCAGGCGGCCUGCUCCGCAAUCGCCUGGGUUUGUUAACGGGCACAAAGCAGGAGUUUGUGUUGCUGGAGGGGCGGCUGCUAGGGCCGCCUCUGCCGCCGGACGCAGCUGCAGUUCGCGUGGUGCGAGUCGGCGGCGGCUCCGCGCUGCGCCGCCUGCGCCUGCUCACACGCGGCGGCGGCAGCAGCUUCACCGGAAGUGGCGGCGGUGGCGGUGGCGGUGGCGGCAGCGGCGGCGGCGGUGGAAUCAGGGGCAGCAGCAAUGGUGGCGCUGGCGGUGGUUUUAGCGACCGAGAGGCCAGCGCGGUGCCGGCGGCGGUGGGCAGCGGGCCGGCUGGCGGCGCGGCGGCGGCGGCGGGCGGCGUGGCGGAGUGGGACGGCGUCGUGGUGGGCCUAGCCAAGACCAUACACGGAGGAGGCAAGCCUGCCGUGGUCAACUUCCAGCUGCAGUACACCACCGCCGCGCCGCCGGGACCGCCCGCGCCGCCGGCAGGUGCUACAGCCGCCGCCACAGCCGCACCUGGCGGCGGGGCUGUAGCUGAGUGGCGGGCGGUGCCGGGCAUCACAGCUGACGCUUCCAUUGACCUGGCAGCCUACGUCAGCCGCGGCAGUAGCACCAGCGGCGGCGGCGGCGGCUAUGACGAUGGAGCGGUGGUGCGGGAGGUGGAGCUGAUGUGGCCCACCGCUGGCGGCCAGUCCUUUGUGCUACAGGCGGGCAUUGCGCACCUGCCGCCGCUGGCGAAGGGUGCCGCUGCAGCGGGCAGUAGCGGCAGGCUGCAGGCCGGGGUCACAGGUGUGCGGCCAUCGCUGCCACCCAGCGGCUCCUCCGGCUCCUUCCCCGCCACACCAAGAACAUCGGCACUAGCACCCGCCACCGCCGCCGCUACCGACGCCGCCGAUGCGGCGGCCGCAGCCGGCCGCGGCAGCGGCGGCCGGCCAUUCCCGGCGACUCUGCUACACCUGCUACAGCUGCCGUCAGCCCGUACCGUCAACGGCGGCGGCGCCGCCAGCCGCCGCGCCUCCGCCGCUAGCUCGAUGCGCUCGGACGUGACGGCGGCGUCGCUUCCGCCGCUGGAAACCGAGUACCCGCCGUUUACAGUGCUGCCGUCAGAAGCAGUGCAGCCGCCGUCGCCGUCGGCGUCAGCAGCAGCCGCAGCGGCGGCGCUGCCGCCGACCCUGCCGGCUGAGAUGCUGCCGCUGCCCGGACUGGCAGGCGAGGCGGCCGCGGCGGCGGCGGUGGCGGGAGCGGGGUGCUCGGCGCCGUUCCCGGUACAAGGGCCGGAGGCAGCGCAGGAGGAACAGGUUCCGGCGGUGGCGGCGCCGCCGCCGCCGCUCUUCCAGGCCACGCCAGCAGUAGCAGCAACAACAACAGCAGUAGCAGCAACAGGUGAUGGUGGCGCUGAGGAUGUCGAGGGUGGUUUGGUGCCGACGCCGGCGGAGCUGCUCGGCAGCCUGGCGUGUGCCGCCAUGCCGCCGCCGCUGCCCACUGGGGUGGCGGCGGCGCCAAACCCUGCUACGACGGUGGCGGCGGAGGUUGUGGCGGCAAUGGUGGCGGCGGGAGCCGCGGCAGCAGCCCACGAGACACGGAGCUCCCUCGGCGGCGCUGCUGCUGAUGCCGACGAUGACGAUGAGAUAAGGGAUAUGUCGCCUAGCUACUCGCCCUCGCCCUUCCAGCUCCGGGACCACUGCUCUCCGCGGCACGCGCCUGUGGUUCCAAAGACCGCUGCGGCCGGUGGCGUGCAUGCCGCAUCAGCAGCAGCGGGGCGACACCGACCCCAAGGCGGCGGCGGCAGCGCCGGCGGCGGCGGCUCGGGCGGCAGUGUCGACGUCGCCAGCGGCGGCCCGGAGCUGCCAGCAGCUGCCACCAUGACAGCCUUCUUCAGGUCCCAGCCCCACGACUCCUCCUCCUCACCCGAACGCUCCGCGGCCCAGGUUCUUGCCGCCGCGGAAGCCGCCGCCGAGGCCGCCGCGGGCCGCGAGGCCACAGGCAGCGGCGGCGCCGCGACGGCAGCGGCGGCGCCUCCCAAGCCCGCUGCGCCUGCAGACGCGGUGGCAGCAGCUGCCGCUGACGACCAGGAGGAUAUGGAGGUGGUGGCGGCCGACUUCCCAAUCAUGGGUUCCAUGGAGAUGCAGCCCACCGCCGCCGCCACCCAGGUCUCGCCAGCGUCGUCGCUGUCGAUGUCGCCGUCGGCGUCGCUGCCGCCGCCGUCGGCUGCGGGGCCGUCGUCAGCAGCGGGACCGGCAGGGCCGUUGCCGACGCUCAAGCCUGCCAGUGCGGCGGCGGCGGCAGCGCCGCCGGAUGCGGCGGCGGACGCGACGCGGCGGCAGCAGCUCCUGCUACUGCCGCUGACGCUGUCGUCAUCGUCGCCGGCGCAGCAGCACCCCGCCUUCCGGCGGAUGCGCUUCCGCAGUAGCUACGUCAGCGACGCCGCCGGCUUUGCACCCCUCAGCAGCGAGCAUGCUUUUGUCAGCGGGGCCGCCGCCGUCGGCGACGCUGCGCACUCGCAGCAUCGCACCGCGCCAAGCAAUGUCAUGAUUGCAUCCGACGCCGCCGCCGGCGCUGGCGACGGCGGCCGCGGCAGUGCUGGCGGCGCCGCCGGCAGUGGCAUGUCCGGGGUGGAGGACCUGUACAGCGGCAGCCUUGCUGGCGGCGGCGGCGGCGGGCGCGGUGGCGACGGCCGAGGCAGUGGCGGCAGAUUCGGCGGCCGUGCCGCCGGCGUGCUUGACGCCGUCGUCGCUGCCGCCGCGUCGCCACUCCGGCCACGGCGAGUCAGCGGCCGUACGGCGGUCUUGCUUGCCGCGGAGGCGGCGUCGCCACGUCACGCUGCAGCGACGUCGGCGCCGCUGUAUGCACAGCAGCCGACACCUGCUGCAUUGCACGCUCGAGGAGGCGGCGGCGGCGGCAGCGGCACGGACACUGUCAGUGGGGCGGCGGGAGGCAGCAGCAGCGAGAUUGAAGAAUACGGCUGUCAGCCAUCGACUUGCAGCAACGAGGCAGCGGCGGUGGCGGCGGCGCUGCAGCCGCCGCGCCGCACCUUCAUUCCCGUGGUCACGCAGGCAUGCGCCGCCUACCUGACCGACAGCGGGCUCGGCGAUGGCCAUGCCGCCGCCGCAGAGGCACGCGACGGCGCCGCCGGUACUGGCAGCGCAAACGGCAGAGGCGGCGGCGGCGACGGCAGCAGUGGCCUAGGUGUGCUGCUACAGCCGCCCCGCGACGCGGUGAGUAUGGAGCCUACUUCUAGCGCCGAAUCCCCAGAGCUAUUUUUAGCCUGCCAGAGCGGCGUGACGGGGGAGCUGGACCUGGGGCCGAUGGCUGUAGCAGCGCAGCAGCAGCAGCAGCAGCAGCAGCAGCAGCAGCAGCAGCAACCUCGGCUGCCAUCGCCGCCGCGGGUGCUACAGCCGGCGCCGCCGCCGCCCCUGCCACUUCCGGAGCUGCGGCUGCCGCCGUCAGCCGUCCCGCUGACCGGGGGCACCGGGCCCUUGCAGACAGAGACCGCGGCGGCCGCGGCGGCGGAGCCUGCCGCGCCCGAGACCGUGGCUAUAGCACCGCCGCCGGCGCCAGCAACGGCAGUAGCCGCUGCAAGCCCGCCGCUGGCGGCGGCGCCGCUGACGGCGGCGGAGGCUCUGCUGGUCGAGGCCAUGGCCGCGCAGCUGCGGCAGCAGGAGCAGCAGGAGCAGCAGCAGCGGCUGCGUCAGCAGCAGCGGCACCUCAAGGCCACCGCCGCUCCAUCGCGAGCUGUAGCCACUUCCGGCAGUGCGGCAGGAGCGGCUGUAGCACCCGCUGGUGCUGCUGCUGCUGCGGCGGCGCCGCCGCCACCUUCUGCCGGUUUCGCGGUGAUGCAGGCGCUGCUGUCGGGCUGGGCGGAGGACAUCCAGCGCUCGGCGGCGACCACCCGAGCCGUGGAGGUCAUGAACUCGCGCAACGCCGCCGCUCUUCCCGCGCCUGCAGUGCACGCCAGCACGACUGCAACCGCCGAUGCGCAGGAGAAGAAGGAGCGCAGGCACACGUCCGAGCAGGCUCAGGGAACGGCGGAGACGCCGGAGGCGGAGGCGCUCCCGCCGGCGCAGUACCUCGCCGCCGGCGCAGCCGCCACAACCCCAGAUGCCGACCACGCCACGGCUACAACCCACAGCACCACCAGCACUGGCGGCGACGGCAGCAGCACCGGCGGCGCCGCCGCGGGCACCGUCUCCCCGCCCCGGCGGCGCGGCAGCCGUCGCCGCCGUGCGCCGCCGCCCAAGCCGCUUGAGGUUCUGGAUCCGGUUCCGGAGGACAACGAGAACGCCGCCGCCAGCGCCGUCAACAGCGGCGCCGCCAGCACCUUUGCAACCGCCGAGAGCAACGCCCUGCGAUGGGUCGAGGCCAUGUCUGGCAGUAGCAUCAGCAGCGAAGCUUCACAAACUGCGGCGGCGGCGGGCGACGGCGUGACGACGCCUUUGCGAAUAUUGCGCGAGGCUGCAGCGUCUCCUGUCGCCGCCGCGGUCGCCUCUACACAGCCGCUCUCGGCGGCUCCUACCGGAAUCCUGAGCCGCAUCGCCUCUGUGCCGCCGUGUGCCACCGCUACUGCGAAUGCUGAUGUUAAUGCUGGUGGCAUUGCCACUGGCCUAACGGCUGGCGCGGCUGGGGCGGGAGGUGACGCUACGUUUGCCGGCGCUAUUGAUGAUGGACCCAUUUCCGGUAGCAACAGCAGGCAGGUUGAUACUGGCGAGAGUGCUGCAGAUCCGGCGGCGGCGGCGACAGCUGCGGCGGAGGCGGCGGUGGUAGGAGCGGCUGAGUCCGCGGUUGCAGCUGGUCCCGCAGUGGCUCGGUCAGUGGCCGCGGCGGCAGCGGCCACAGCCGCGGCGGCGGUGACGGCGCACGCGGCAGUAGCAGAUGCGGAACAGGGGCUGCACUUGCUGCUACAGCCGGCGGCGCAGCGGCACGGGCCGCAAUGGGCGGCGGCGGCGCCGGCGGCGCCCGCCAACAAGGAUAUGGCGGUUAUGCGGCCGUCGUACCUGGCGGUUGAAGAAGAGGCGGCGGUGGUGGCGGCGGCGGCUGAGGCGGUGGAGGUGGAGGGCACGGGCUUGGCGGCGCUGAUGGGGGCGCUGCCGCCGCCGGCGGAGCCGGACGCGGAGCAGCGGCAGCAGGCGCUGCGGCGGUGGCUGGGCCGGGAGCGGGCGGCCGGGGACCACGAGGAUGACUUGGAGGCGGACGUGGCGGAGGAGCACGCGGCGGAGGAGGUAGCGGAGAAGGCGGCGGAGGCGGAGGAGGUAGUGGAGAAGGCGGCGGAGGCGGUGGAGCACGCGGCGGGGGAGGCGGAGGAGGCGGAGGAGUGCGCGGCGGAGGCGGGCUCUGGCACUCAGUCGGGGGAGGCGGCGGUGGAGGAGGUGGUCCAGAUGCUGCGGGACCAGGGGCUGGACAGCGAUGGCGAGGCCGGUGCGGACGGCGGCGGCGGUGGUGGCGGUGGCGGUGGCGGCGGCGAGGAAGCGGCGGCUGUAGCACUGGCGCCAGCCGCUGGCGCGGCCGUGGCCAUCGGCAGUGGCGUCAGCUGCACUAGCGGCAGUAGCAGUAGUGCCAGUGGCAAUGGCGGCCGCUCGGUACAGCCGUCGCUGCCACCGGCCCCGGAAGCGCCCUCACCGCGGCGUGCACCGCUCAUGCAGGCGCACGAGCAACAGCAACAGCUACGGCAACUGCAACGGCAGGGCGACGGCAGUAGCACAGGUGCUGCCAGCGCCGCUGCGCCGCUGCUACUGCCACGGUCAGUGGAUGCGCAGCAGCAGCAGGAGCAGCUUGUCAACCUGAACGCCAUGCUGAUGCUACAGCCGGCUCACAGCCAGGAGCUACUGCCGGGCCGAUCCAUCUCCGCCACCGCGCCUAUGGCGGCGGCUGUAGCGCCGCCACCGUCGGCGCCGCGGGCGCUGACGCCGCUGCCAUCGCCGCGGCCCCUUGCCGACGCAUCACCCCUGGACUUGAGGCCGCUGCACCGCCGCAGCGAGGGAGGCGGCGGCACCAUUGGCGCCGCUGCCAUUGACACUGACGCUGAUGGUGGUGGCGGCGGCGGCGCUGUCCAACGCGCAAACGUCGCAGGCAGCGGUGGCUUGCACCGCGAGGGGGAGGGAGGCGGCGGCGGUCGAGGAGGAGGCGGAGGCGGAGGGGGGCUGCUGGGCGCGUUGUGGGGCUGGGCGGCUGCACGUGGGGAGGUGGCGCUGCGCAUGGCUGCGGCCAGCGCGAUGUGCGUGGCUGCGGAGCUGCUGGACGAGCUGCCACGACGCAAUGGCGAGCCGCCGGCAACGGCCCUCGGCCCAGACGCCGCCGCGCCGCCGCUGCUGCCGCCGCUGCGCCCGCACGCCACGCUGUGGGCGCAGCUGCCGUGGCCGCUGGCGCCAGCGGUGCAUGCAGGGCUGCGGACGCUGGUGUGGGCGGUCUGCAGCUGCGCGGCGACGGCGCAGGUGGCGGCGGCGCUGGUGUGGGAGGCGGCGGCGCUGCCGUGGCGGCUGCUGGCGGCGGCGGGGAUGAGGAGGAGGGCCAGGCAGUAGGUGGCAGAUGGCGGCGUGGUGGGGUGGGGUAGAGGUAGAUGAGUUGGUGGGCUAGGCAUGGCCUUGACCAUUGAACUAUGUCCGGUAGGCCUGGGACCGUGCGUGCGGCUAGUGAUGGUAGUGAAAGUGCAUUACAGACAUAAAAAAAGUGCAGCGCAGUUCGGUGGGUUGCCGGAAAACCAAUGUACACGGUGUCGCCGAAGACCCAAUGCACACCGUGUCCGACGAGGUUGUCGUGAGUUCAGUGUGUGCGUGUGUGUGGCGCCGUGCGCAGCUCUGCGCCGAGUGGGCGCGCUGGAGCAUUGGCGUGAGCAUUUCGAUGGUCGUUGCGUUGCUUCCUGCACUAUCUGCUUUGCUGCUGUGACGCAGUGCUGCACGCCUGCGUGCUUACUAAGCGUGUUCGAAUGCCGUCUGGGCGGCUGAGAUAGGCGCCGGGCCGCCGGCGGACACGCAAAGUGGUGCGGCGGCGAAGCGGUUCGGUGCAGCAUUUUGUCAUGAGCACCCACUUAUCGCAUGAGUUGCUGCUGGGUGGCAACAUGAGAGAACAGCAAGAAGGCACACUGUAAAGUCGGAACACU